AUGAAGUUUAGAUUCCCCAUCCCACUACUUCUGUCCUUAUAUCUUUUACCUUCUGCGGUCAUUGGUAAAGACAGUGAUGUUUUGAUCUCAGGGACAAACAACACAGACUGUUCCUGUGGUUACUACGAUGAAUCGACAAAAAACCUCUUUACAGACUCGAUCAUUGUAUAUUUCAAUGAAACUUCUUCAUUGGACUUGACCGGCUUCGCUGGACAGACAUACAAGAACCCUUACGAGAAAGGAUGGAACGAUCAAUAUCGUCAAGGGGCCGACCUCUCCCAUUUGCAGAUAGUCAAUGACUCCUCCUCGCCAGAAUUUCCGCAAUCGCUAGCAAUCAACAUCUCCAAACCGACCGCCGACCAUCUCGUUAUGGGUGGCUCCAUACAGACGUUGAGACAUGACAUUCACUACGGAACGUUCAGGACGUUCCUCAAGUCCCCUCGUCAGUGGACAGGCGGAAGUGCAAUUUCGAUGGAGCUUCUCUAUAAUGAGACCGAAACCUUCAGUCUGAACCUGUUGAGCACCGAAGAACCGUCAACUGCUCGAAUCACGAUGUUGAUGAACCGCGAGUUCCCAGAUAAUAUCUACGGUGUCAACUACACCACUCUGACAAACAAAUCCACCUCCCCGUGGGAGUUCAUGGAGUAUCGAGUGGAUUGGACGAAGGACUGGCUCAACUAUACUCUUGGCGAUAAGGUCUGGCGCUCUGCAUCGAGGAGGGAAAUCAAAGGAUUGCCUAGUGUUCCCGGGCCAUUACAUAUCAAGCAUUGGUCAACCGGAGACUUCUUCUCGAUGCAGGGGCCCCCAUGGGCAGAGACGACUGCAAAUGUAGGCUGGGUUCGACUAUUCUUCAAUACGACCUCGAUGAGUGACUAUGCACGCAAGGCGUUCGACACCACAUGUCGGGUUGAUGCCGCGUGCAGAGUCGACGACAUGAAACUUCGCGGUUAUACAUCUUACGCCCAAAACGCAACGACGAAAUGGAAGCAGAAUCCCCCUUCCGCCGGCCAACGCAUCCCGGCAAUUGUCAUCUCUGUCUUGUCCGGAGCCCUCAGCUUCUUUCUAUUACUGAAUGCAUUCUUAAGAAGACAGCCAUGGGCGUUGCUGAGACCCGAGAAACGCUACGGAGCUCCGUUCAUAAGAAGCUUGUUUCCUGCGGGCACGACGUCCUCCACAGAAAUGAUCACUCUGCCCACUCCACCUCCAAUAGAGGGCAUUUCUGGACUGGCGACGCCAUCAGGAAAUGUGUCUGGUGUUGCUACGCCUUUAGGGCAGCCUCCUGCGAUGCCUUCAGACUGGGUGAAUGACGAUAUAUCAACUCUGAGGAUGUCAUUGGCUCCUAGCAAAGCUUUCAGUGAACUAGAAAUUCAACCGGUAGUCGGUAUUUCUCCUUUGAGAACCUCGUUCACUCCUAGCAAAAGCUCUACGGGAUGGGAAAUUCAGCCAGUUACAGACGACACAUCAACUCUGAGAUUUUCUUCCACUCCAAGCAAAGGCUUUAACGAGUUGGAAAUAGGGUCGGUAGCGGAGACCUCCAUGAAGGCCUCGAAGGAAGAGAACACGACAAUAACUGAACUGAAAGAUGUUACAGCCCAGCGUGAUCCGGCUCCUAAUGCAGAUGGUACCGCCGCUGCUGCACCUGCUGCGAAGAAGCGCGUCGACUAUCUCGCCGGGCUGGUAGCAAUAAGUUCUCUCCUAGUCACACAGAUUCAUUUCGGACUUACCUUCAUCCCUGCUGCAAUAAACCCUGGAGCAUAUCUGCAUUACGAGAGUGAGAUCUGGGCUAGAAAGACUGUUACCCCGUACCUGCUGAAUCUCAUCUGGAUCGGACCGUUCCUCAUGACCUCCAGUCGGUUCCUGGCAGCCAACUAUCUCAAAAACGGUAACCUGAGGUCAUUGGCAGAGAAAACAGUUGGACGGACUCCGCGCCUGAUCAUCCCUAUAACCGCUAUUGCCCUCAUCGAGUAUUUCUUCAUGGAUGCAGGCGCAACAAAAUGGCUAAUGUACCUUCCCUCCAUUACAUGGUCCACCUGGCCCUUCGCUGUUGGCUAUACGAACUUCGGCACCUUCAUUAGCGAGGUGAUCGAACUGAUGUUCCUGAUUCCGAAUGCAGCCCCUCAGAUCACAUUCAACUAUUGUACGGGUGUGUUGUGGACGAUUCCCGUGCAGCUCCAAGGCUCAUGGCAAGUAAUGCUCGGGGUCAUUGUUAUCCGUGAGAUUAAAACCCCAUGGAAGCGGUUCGGAUACUAUGCCUUCUGCAUCGUCAACAACUGGUACGCUCUAUCCUGGGGGUCCUACUUCUGGCUCGGCCUAAUGAUGGCCGAUCUGGACAUCACGUAUAAAUGGAGAAAAUGGCUGUACGCACGCCCUUUCGUCUACUAUCCCUUAAUCCUCUUCUGUGCCGCACUUGGCUUCGGCGGCCUAUCACUCGAUUUGGCCACACAAUGGACAGAGGUCAACUAUGCCACCUAUGAAUACGACAUCCAUCCAGACCCAGCCACUGGCCGACCGAUUGCACAAACCUCCGGUGCAGGAUACCCACAAUACUACGUGCCCAAACUACACGGAUUAGUCUUCUCGCUCGGUUUCCAAGCACUCGUUGAACUGAGCCCCUUGGUCCAAAAGAUGCUCUCGUUCAAGUUAUUCGUGCUCAUCUUCCCGCACAUCUUCACCAUCUACCUCAUCCACGGCUUCGUGUACUGGAGUCUUGGCGCGACUAUUUGCGUACAACUCUCUGCACUCGGACUCCCUUACUGGGCCAAUAUUCUGAUCGUAGCCGUGUGCUGCUACUCUGUCAUACUUCUGUCUCUUCCACUUCUAACCCCCGUCGUGGAGACGCUAGGCAAGAACAUGACGGCGGAUAUAUGGCGAUUCGCACAUGAGAAACCGCCGAUUAGGAAACCGACUCUGUAUCCAUUUGAUCAGAAUCUUAUCCUUAAUCGUGAAGACGGACUGGUUGAAACGACGAAGGUAUUCAAUAUGGCGCCGCCGGGUUUCUCUCCUGCCUUGAACUCGACAAAAUUGGAUGACGGGACCAUUAUAACCGGCCUUCCAUCAUUAUCAGGAGGGUCAACGACAUGA